GAGGCCAGCGCCCGGCAGAAGGGCGUGACCAAGCAGUCCCUGCUUCCCACCCCCGGCGUGGACACCUGCAUGUGGCGCGUGAAGGUGAAGAAGAACCAGGAGAUGCCCAUGGUCAUGAGCAUCAUGGACAUGGCCCGGCGGAUGACAGCCAAGAAGCAGCGGGUCGGGAUCACGGCCGCCAUCUUCGCAGGGACCAAAGGACACGUCCUGAUCGAGGCCCGGAACGAAGCAGACGCUUCCGCCGCCAUCCGCGCCAACUCCCGGUUCAUCCUUUCCCAGCGCCUGGAGGUGGUGGAGUACCGAUACAUGGCCACCUCGCUGGCGGUCUCGGAGAAGGUGGCGCCCCGGCCCUUGCGGGACGGGCAGUGGGUCCGCUUCAAGCGCGGGCUCUACAAGGGGGACCUGGCCCGCGUCAUGGCCAUCCUGGAGGGCGGGUCGAAGGUGGUGAUCGAGAUGGUUCCGCGCAUCAACUACGAGGACAUGGCGCGGAAUCCCCGCGCCGGGAACAUCUACGUGGUCAGCGCCGCCUCCCGCCCGGGGCCCAAGUUCUUCUCCGCCUCCGAGGCCCGCGAGCACGAGGUGGUCCUGCACCGGGGCAAGAUCCCCGGUUUGAAUAUGCCCUGUGACGUGGCCUGCAACCUGCACUACAUGAACGGCUACCUUGUCAAGGAGGUAAAGCCGGAGUCGCUCCAGGCGGAGAACAUCAACGCCUCGGUGGAAGAGGUGACCAAGUUCGGCCUAGGGGCCCUGGCGGAGGAUGAUGGAAGGGGCCACGAGGAGCGUUUGCAGGCGGCGCAGCGGGAGGCAGAGGAAACGCAGGAGCAGCAGCGGAAGAACCUCAGGGUAUUCGAGCAGGGGGACGCCGUCAAGGUGGUGGCGGGCGAGCUCCGGAACUUGGUGUGCCGAGUCUUGGGCUCGGACCCCACCACAGGGACGGUCUCGGUGCGGCCUGUGAACCCGAACCUGGGUCUGCCCGUCAAGAUCGAGCUGCAAGCCUCCCAGUUGGCGAACCACGUGGAGGUGGGCCAGCACGUGAAGGUGCUGGACGGGCUCUUUGCGGGGGAGACGGGGAUGGUGCAGGCCCUCCUGAGUCACGACGAGCACGGGGCGCCGGUGCCGGAGCCCAUCGUGUCGGUGUUGACGGACGGGGAGAACAAGGAGCUGCGCGUGCGCCUGGGCCAGGUAAAGGAGAGCGCGGACGUGGCUACGGGGAUGAGCUCUCUGUCCGGGUACUCUUUGCACGACAUGGUGUGCUAUGGCUACCAACGGUUCGGGGUGAUUGUCUGGCUAGGGCGGGAGAGCGUGAAGGUGCUGGACUCCUCGGGGGUGGUUCAGUCCGUGCCCUUGGGGGAGCUGCAGGGGAACCGAAACCGGAGGAGCCACCAGGCGGCGGCCUAUGAUAGCAUGAACAACCGGAUGCAGGUGGAAGACCAAGUGCUUGUCACGGACCGCGGGGAGCACUUCCAGAAGCGCGGUGCGAUCAAACACAUCCUGGGUUCGUCGUUGUGGAUCUUCACCAAGCAGGAGACGCGAAAUUCGGGCCUCUUUGUCGUCCGCACGCGGGCGGUCACGCUUCAGAAUCUGAUCAGAAAGAACGCAGCG